AUGAGUCGGUUUCACUCCCUGGCCUCUCUCAAUCUCUGGAUGAGGAGUCGAGUGUGGGGCCCUCACCGAUGCGGUUCCUCUGGAACUCCCCUCAGUACCAGCUACUAUGUGGAAGAGAUGUAUUACACCUGGCUCGAGGACCACAAAAACGUUCAUGAGUCUUGGGAUUCCUAUUUCCGGAAUGCCCAGGCCACCAGUCCAGCUAGAGAAGCAAGCAAGAGGUGUCCAUCUGCUCUUCUCCAAGGUCGAGCCAUGUCCCAGACUCCUGCGAUGUCUCAGAAAGUGGCAGAGGAUCACCUAGCUGUCUAUAACCUCAUCAGAGCCUACCAGAUCCGUGGCCAUCAUGUGGCUCAGCUUGAUCCUCUCGGUAUCCUCACAGCUGACAAUGAUUCUUUUGUCCCCUCAGAUUUGAUAGCAACACUUGACAAACUUGGUUUCUACUGCUUGGAUGAAUCUGAUUUCGACAAGACCUUCCAGUUACCAUCGACAACAUUUAUCGGUGGUCAGGAGUCUGUACUUCCACUCAGGGAAAUCAUUCACAGACUUGAGGCAUCAUACUGUGGUCAUAUUGAUGUGGAGUUCAUGUUUAUUAACAAUAUGGAGCAAUGCCAAUGGAUCAGGCAAAAGUUUGAGACUCCCAGCAUCAUGAACUUUACUGACAGCGAGAAGAGGACCUUACUGGCAAGGCUGGUAUGCUCAACACGCUUUGAGGACUUUCUGGCUCGCAAGUGGUCUUCAGAAAAGCACUUUGGCUUAGAAGGCUGUGAGGUUCUCAUCCCUGCUCUAAAGAUGAUCAUUGACAAGUCUACUGCAGCUGGCAUACACAGUGUGAUCAUGGGCAUGCCUCACAGAAGUUGGCUGAAUGUCUUGGCCAAUGUUGUCAGGAAAGAUCUCAAUCAGAUUUUCUGCCAGUUUGAUCCAAAAUUAGAAGCUGCAGAAGAGGGCUCAGGAGAUGUAAACUAUCAUCUGGGUAUGUGCCAUGAGCGGAUCAACAGAGAGACGGACAAGAACAUCACUCUGUCUCUUAUGGCUAAUCCGUCUCACCUAGAGGCAGUAGAUCCUGUAGUGCAGGGCAAAACUAAAGGAGGAGACAAUGAAGGGAAGAAGGUAAGCAUGAAAUUAACACAUUUCUGCACACUGCUUCCCUCAUAUACCACUUAUGGCACCAUUCAUGUUGUUGUCAACAACCAGAUUGGCUUCACCACUGAUCCGCUAAUGACGUGCUCCUCUCCUUACUCCACUGAUGUGGCUCGUAUGGUCAACACACCCAUUUUCCAUGUCAAUGCUGAUGAUCCUGAGGCUGUGAUGUAUGUGUGCAGAGUGGCUGCCGAAUGGAGAAAUACUUUUAACAAGGAUGUGGUCAUAGAUCUGGUUUGUUACCGUCGCUUUGGCCACAAUGAGAUGGACGAACCCAUGUUCACGCAACCUCUCAUGUACAAGCAAAGCCAAAAGCAGGAGCAUGUGCUCAAUAAAUAUGCAGACAAGCUCGUUUCUGAGGGAGUUUUUACUCUGCAGGAGUUUGAUGAGGAAGUGGCCAAGUAUGACAAAAUUUGUGAAGAAGCAUACACCAGCUCCAAAGAUGAAAAGAUACUCCACAUCCGUCACUGGCUGGACUCACCCUGGCCAAAUUUCUUUACAGAUGAGGGAGAACCGAAGUGUAUGAGCUAUCCUCCCACAGGGCUCCCUGAGGACAUCCUGAAGCAUAUUAACCAGGCUGCGAGCUCUGUCCCUCAGCAAGACUUCUCCAUUCACAGUGGAGUGCUGAGGAUCUUGCAAGGCCGUGCCGACAUGGUCAGUAAGCGUACGGUAGACUGGGCUCUUGGGGAGUAUAUGGCCUUUGGUUCUCUACUGAAGGAUGGUGUCCAUGUGAGACUGAGUGGGCAAGAUGUGGACAGAGGAACCUUCAGUCAUCGUCACCAUGUCUUGCAUGACCAGGAAGUGGAUAAGCGCAUUUGUGUUCCAAUGAACCAUAUACUGUGGCAGAAGCAAGCUCCUUACACAGUGUGCAACAGCUCCCUGUCGGAGUAUGGAGUUUUGGGUUUUGAGCUGGGCUUUGCUAUGGCCAGUCCCAAUGCCCUUGUGUGCUGGGAGGCUCAGUUUGGGGAUUUCCACAACACGGCACAGUGCAUCAUAAACCAGUUCAUCAGUCCAGGCCAGGCUAAAUGGGUCCAAAACAAUGGCAUCGUCCUUCUGCUACCCCACAGGAUGGAGGGAAUGGGCCCAGAGCACUCAUCAGCAAGGACUGAGCGUUUCUUGCAGAUGAGCAAGGAUGACCCUGAUCACUAUCCGGAAUUCACUGGAGACUUUGAGGUCCAACAGCUUUAUGACUCUAACUGGAUCGUGGUCAACUGCUUGACACCUGCUAAUUACUUUCAUGUGCUGAGAAGACAGAUCUUAUUACCAUUCCGAAAGCCACUAAUUAUCUUCACUCCUAAGUCCUUACUGAGGCUCCCUGAGGCCCGCUCCAGCUUCGAUGAGAUGACCCCAGGAACCAAGUUCCAAAGAAUCAUGCCAGAUGAUGGUCCUGCAUCUAAAAACCCAGGGGCUGUGAAAAGGGUCAUCAUCUGCACGGGCAAAGUCUACUAUGACCUAGCAAAAGAAAGAAAACAACUCAGACUAGAGGAUAGGGUUGCAAUUGUCUGAAUGGAGCAGAUAUCGCCACUUCCGUUUGACCUGAUCAAGAAAGAAGUUGAGAUGUACAGCAAUGCUGAGCUCAUAUGGUGUCAGGAAGAGCAUAAGAACAUGGGCUAUUAUGACUACAUAAGACCACGCUUCCUUAGUGUGCUUUCCAACAAGAAACCAAUAUAGUACGUUGGCCGUGACCCUGCUGCAGCCCCUGCCACAGGAAACAAAUUCACACACCUGGCAGAGCUGAAGAAGUUCAUGACCACUGCAUUUGACCUCAGUGCAUUUGAUGGCAAGAGCUUUUAA